AUGUCGGAUCGUCAGGCCCCAUUAUCUUGUGCACUGGAUUCUCAGUCAUAUCCGCCUCGGUCGGUGCCUUUGCAGCCAGGUCAUGAGUCGCCAAGCCCUGGUAACAAGAGCUCUCCCAUACUCGAAAAGGCCGAGUCGACCGUACGCCCCAGACCACCACAUUUGACUUGGAGCCAACGGCGCGAAGUCGGCAAGGAUCAACCUCCAGAAGACCUGUCUACAGGAUUGGGAUUUCCAAGCAGUGGUCCUGUGUCACCCGUAUCACCCAUUGGCUCCUCUGAAGCAUUGCGAACGCCAAAUGUCUCAGACCGAUCGAGGCACUCUUCGUACAAGCAUCCUUCGUCUCCCGGAGCAACCUCCCCAUUACAUAACCGUCUUCAUUCUCCUGCCUCUCAGAUAUUCGAACGGGACGUGCAGGAGGAUAUAAUACCAUCGCAGGCCUCACCGUCGAUCCCCUCGCACAUUCGUACGGAGAACUACAUUCCACCGGUACUCGAAGCUUCAUCAGCCGCCAUCACGGAUGAACAGCUGGAUCCGGACUCUGUUGAAAUCGUCACUCAUAGUCUCCAUCAUCCUGCGGCGGGGGCUACUGCUCCAUCCACCGCGGAACAGUCUCUGGCAUCAUCUGGUAUCGUUGAUCAUAUUGGAAUACACUCCACCGAUGCUGACGAGGUUUCAUCGGUCUACGGUGUCCUGGAAACCAAUGAUGUACGACGUUUAAGCUUUAUCUCCUUCGCGGAUGUAGUUAAUGCCGAACAUGCGGAGAUGGGUGAAUCUAUGUGUGGCCGAGAGCUCUCCCAGAGUACCGCCGUCACUGGGAGUUCCUUUGCAGCUGGGUUGCAGAACCGUUCUCCAUCUCCACUCCGCUCCCCCACCUCCUCACAUGGGCUCGGGACUUCUCCUCCUACUAGUAUUGCCGCAUCUUUCAAAGGAUUGGAGAUGUCACCUAGUCAAGGACCUCGAGCUCCAGGAAGCCCAUUCGCCAUGGCCCAGAGUCCCGUUUCUUCCGGUUCCGGUGGAGACCUGAAUGUGGAAACCAUGCUUCAAGCAUUAAGAAGAACGGCAAGUGGCGAUCUGGGCGCAACCAACCAGACAACCAGUUCUUUUGGAAAUGACGAGCCCCUAGAUCAGUCGUUCUAG